AUGGAAAGUAUUAGUAUAAAUGUCUUUGUGUUCCCACACAUUCCAUUCUGGCGUCCUAAGUCCUAACUCCUUGGCUUGGCCUGCAAUCACAGCUUACACUCUGUCUCGCCCUUCUCUAUCAACACAGCUAUGUUACUAAGGCAUACCAUUGCAUGCCUCCUCUUUGUUUCCAAUUUGGUCUAUGCUUCAAGCCUUAAUCACACAAAAACAAGAAAUGAAGUAAUCAUUGCUCAUCAUGGAGCUGUUGCGACAGAUGAUCGUCGAUGCUCUAAGAUUGGAAUGGAAGUUAUCCGUGAAGGAGGACAUGCAGUGGAUGCAGCUGUGGCUGCUGCUCUUUGUUUGGGGGUAGUUAGUCCAGCUUCAAGUGGUCUUGGUGGUGGUGCCUUUAUGGUUCUAAGUUUAGCUAAUGGGGUAGCAAAGGCCUUUGAUAUGAGAGAAACUGCUCCUCUUCUUGCUUCCAAGGAUAUGUAUGGUGGCAACACUACUUUGAAGGCAACAGGUGGCCUCUCAGUAGGAGUUCCAGGAGAACUUGCAGGUCUUCACAAAGCAUGGAAACGAUAUGGAAAGCUUCCAUGGGAAAGACUUGUAAAACCAGGUGAGAUUCUUGCCUUUAGAGGGUUUAAAAUAUCACCAUACCUUCAUAUGCAGAUGGAAUCAACAGAGUCAGAUAUAUUGCAUGACAAUGGUCUUAGUAGUGUAUUUGCACCUCAUGGAAAACUCUUGAAGGUAGGUGAAAUAUGUUACAAUAAGAAACUAGCAGAGACUCUCAGAGAAAUUUCAAAGUUUGGCCCACAAGCUUUCUAUGGUGGAAAAAUUGGCAUUAAUUUUGUUAAAGAUGUUCAAAAUGCUGGAGGGAUAUUGACCUUGAAAGAUCUCAAAAGAUACACUGUUAAACAAAAGGAACCUAUAUCUAUAGAUUUUCUUGGAUUAAAGAUCCUUGGUAUGCCUCCUCCUUCAGGUGGCCCUCCAAUGAUGCUGCUGUUGAACAUUCUAGCACAAUAUGAGCUUCCUUCAGGGCUUUCUGGUACACUUGGGAUCCAUAGAGAAAUCGAGGCAUUGAAACAUGUAUUUGCUGUGAGAAUGAAUCUUGGAGAUCCUGAUUUUGUAAACAUCACUGCAGUUCUUUCAGAUAUGCUUUCUACUAAGUUUGCUAAAGUGUUGAAAAAAGACAUCAAUGAUAAUAUGACUUAUAAUUCAAGUCAUUAUGGUGGCAAGUGGAAUCAGAUAAAUGAUCAUGGUACAAGUCAUUUAAGCAUAAUAGAUUUUGAGAGAAAUGCUGUUUCCAUGACUACAACAGUAAAUGGAUAUUUUGGUGCAAAGAUUCUUUCAUCAAGUACAGGAAUAGUAUUGAACAAUGAGAUGAAUGAUUUUUCCAUGCCUAUAAAAAAUGUUUCAAAGGAUGUUCCACCACCUGCUCCUGCCAAUUUCAUCGUGCCGGGGAAAAGACCAUUAUCAUCCAUGUCACCAACUAUUGCCCUCAAGAAUGGUGAAGUGAAAGCAGUGGUAGGUGCAAGUGGAGGGGCUAUGAUUAUUGCAGCAACUUCAGAAGUUCUUUUGAAUCACUUUGUCAAAGGAUUGGAUCCCUUUUCUUCUGUAACUGCUCCAAGGUUCUAUCAUCAGCUGAUACCUAAUGUGGUAUAUUAUGAGAAUUGGACAACUGUGAAUGGUGACCACUUUGAACUUUCUGCUGAUAUAAGGGCAGCACUUAGAAGUAAGGGCCAUGUCCUUCAGGGACUUGCUGGUGGGACAAUAUGUCAGUUUAUAGUUUCAGACACUUAUGAACAUUCUGGAAGAAAUAAAGGUAGUGGAAAGCUUGUGGCAGUGAGUGAUCCAAGAAAGGGUGGUUUUCCUGCAGGCUUUUGAUUGAGACAGUUCAUUGACAUUGUAAUCUUAUAUCCCAUUUACAACAAGUUUCAUUUUUCAUAUACUCCCUCUCGUCCUUAUUAUAAGAAAAAAUUUGUUUUUUAGAUUCAUGGAAUAUUUUAUGUAUCUAUACCAUAUUAUAAACUAGAUACAUCAAACAUUCUAUGAAUCUAGAAAAUAAUAUUUUUCUUAUAAUAAGGACCGGAGGGAGUAUACUAUAGUCCCACUAGCUGUAUUUUAAGAAUAGGAAUAAAUGUGGCCUCGGUACAUUGAAUAGAAACUCGUUUCGUAAGUACAAUUCAGGUGGUAGCUGCAAGGACGUUGAUUUAUACAGGCUUAGGUUUGAACCUGAGUCUAGUCACUAGGCUAUUUGACAAACAAAAAAAAACUCAAGCAUAUGUCAAUGUAAUGUAAAAUGGAAAGUAAACUAUGUCCGCAAUGAGAGACUAUUUAUUUUUCAAAAA